AAAUCCAAUAACGGUUCAGUACGGAACAUGUCCACUGCACUGCCCCUGCCUUAAUGUUGUGACUACAUUGAGAUGCUUUGGGUUAGUUAAGUCUCGAAAACAAUAAACUGGUCGGCGACGGUUUACACUAGACUGGGGUUUCGUGUUUUGAAUCACGGAAGAUGAUGUUUGUGUGGUUGUUGCUGGGUGCCUUUGUUUGUAUGGGCCAAUCACAGGUCAUUUAUCAGCAAUAUGGGAGCAUUUACAACCUUUGGAUGCUCAGAAAGACUCACUUCAUCGAGUUCAACCCCAAAAACAGCUCAGAUGUGAGGACCUUGUGGAAAUCAGGAGACCCUGAAAUCAGCGAGGACAAGAAGUAUAUAAGGACGUACAUCUACUAUAUGAUGAAGAAUUUAACUCAGAGAGACAGUGGUCACUACAUCCUGAGAGACAAAGAUAUGAGAGAAUUGACCACUCAUACCCUUGAGGUAGAAGCCAUCACAAAAGACUUUAAACAGCAACCUGGUGAACCCCUCAGCUUUACUGUUGCUCUGGAACCGAGCUCCUGCAACAUUUACUUCUUCCCAGAAAGCAACGGUCAGCCAUUAACUAUUGACAUUGUUCGUCAAGGCAAACUGCAGGGGGGAUUGGAUCAGUAUAAAUGCGUAGGGUUUGAGCUGUACAGGUCAUGUGGAAUUUCAAAUAAGGCCCUCCAAAUGGCAUGCAGCGGACGCUUUGAGGUCAGAGAUCAGAAUGGCGACACGGCCUUAAAGGUGUCACUGGAAAUGAAUCCAUCCACAGAGACCCAUGAACGGAAAUCUGGUGAAUUCCUCAGCGUCAGUUUUGAUCUGAAACAGGGCUCCUGCAAUGUUUUCUUCUUCCCAGAAAGGACAGGUGAAAAGAGAGAAGUGAUGGUUGAGAUUGUACGUCACGGCUGGAUGCAGCCUGUUUCGGAUGAAUAUGGUUGCCGAGGGUUUGACCUGUUAAAGCCAUGUGGGAUUGUAAAUGAGGCCCUCCAGUCAUCAUGCAGCGGACGCUUUGAGAUCAGAGAUCAUAAUGGCGACACGGCCUUUGAGAUGUCACUGGCAGUGGAGUCCGAACCUUAUGUGCCAUCUUACUGGGCUUUUGGCGCUGGUGUAGCCCUCACCUCACUUUUCUUCUGCUGUGUGAAGUACUGCUGCUGUGGGGGGAGCCCUGCCAAAGAGGACGGUCCUGAGACUGAUGCUGCUGAACCUGCUAAACGUUACCAAGAGAAUGACAGUGAGCCUUCUAGACUGAGGCCACACUACCUCAGUCAGCCCUCUGAGACACCAAAACUAGUCUUCUCACAGCGUAGUCUGACUCGCCCACUGAUAAACCAGCCUUCUACAGUGAAUGUGCCGCCAGCUUCUCCUCAGAUAAACCAGCCUUCUACAGUGAAUGUGCCGCCAGCUUCUCCUCAGGUCUCAGCUCCGGACCCUCCGACUGUCCCUGUCAACUAUGACCCUGCUCUACGUUUCGAACUGAAGAUGAAAGUUCCCUCUGCUCUCACUUCAGAAUCACCUUACUCUGGUGUGUAUAUCUCAGACAAAUUCAACUUCCGCUAAAAGCCUUGGUAUUGAAGGAUGCAUCAAAAGUAUUGAAUGUAUUCAUUAGUGUGACUUCAAACAUUUUGGGAAAUAUACUUACAUAUCCAUGACUGCUGCUGGUUGCCUGGCAACAGGUUCCAGGCAAGAAGCAGUCAAGCCCAAAACCCCUCUGCAAAAGAUCGUUUUUACUCUUCUUUUAAAGGGAUAGUUCGACA